AUGGCCAAAAAAUAUUCAACAACUUGCGCCAUAGCAAGUACUUUAACAAUUAUCGUUGGUAUUGCUCUUCUAAUCACUGGAUCCGUUUUUGUUCAUGACACAAGUGCUCUUCGAACUUCAUGGAAAGAAAUAUAUUCAUUAUCAAUCUAUAGUGUUUUGAUUGGUAUAUUGACUAUUAUUUUUACAACUGGUCUUUUAUAUGUUGUUAAUCGUAAAUUUCCAGCAUUAACAAUAGUAUUUUCUAUUUUGAUGCUGGUUGUUGCUAUCUUCACUAUAGUAUGCCUAGUUGUCCUUGUAAUAAGUCUUGGAGGUCUUCGACAUCAUACAUACACAACUACUGAAUAUCUUCUUCGUAAUUAUUCGGCAUCAGAUACAGUUAUACGUUCUCAACAUAUUGUUACAUAUAUUCAAUUAUCAUUUGAGUGCUGUGAUAUUAACCAAGCAGCCUAUGAAAAAACUAAAUUAUUUUAUGGACCAAGUGCUUUUGACUCGUGUUGCCUUAUAAUAGUUUCAGACUUUAUUCAAGAUACUAUCAUUACAACAAAUAAUCUCCCUCCAGACUUUACUAAAAGUACUCCGGUUAGGAAAGACACAAUAAAUGUACGUGGUUUUGCUGAGCCUAUUUAUUCUUAUCUUCACAAACGAUAUGUUGCACUUAUUGUUAUUGACGCUUUUCUUAUAAUAUUAUUAUUGAUUAGUGCCAUACUUGGACUUAUUUCUGAGUAUAAUGCUCGAGCACAAUAUGAAUUGAUGUGA